AAACCAACUUCACCAAGCAAAUCUUUUUUCACUUUCUCCCCAUUUUCUCUGCUUCCAAACUAAACCACUAAUUCCUUUAACAGAUGAUGGGAUCAAGAAAUGGAGUUAAAGGGUUCAUAAUUCCUCUGAUUUGGAUGUUCAUCAGUUCAUCCUGGAUUUUCCCGGAAACUGUGGGACAGAAAAUUUCAUCCUCCAGCUCUCUAAUACAAUAUGGGAGAGAUUUUGUGCAGAGAAAUGAUGGGUUGGAAGCACUUGAGGAAGAAGAUAAUACAGUUCGAGUUGAUCCUUUGAACCAUUUCAAGAUGUAUAGAGGUGGAUAUAACAUCACCAACAAACACUAUUGGAGUUCAACAAUAUUCACAGGAGCUGCAGGGUAUGGGAUUGGAGUGGCCUGGCUUGUGUGUGGAAUAGCAUAUGGAGGAUUUUUUGCAGCAACUUUGUGUCGUGGCAAGAGAAGGAGCAAGGGAAAGUUGAAGAAAAUGUCACAUUGUGGGGACAAAUUUUACCUAUGGACCAUUCUUUUGGCUACUUUCUUCACAAUUUUGGCUCUGGUGGGAUGUGGAUUGGUGAUUGUAGGCAGCAGUAGAUUUGAUAGAGAGGCAAAGGAUGUGGUGAAGAUCAUAAUAGAGACAGCCAAUGGGGCAUCAAACACUAUACAAAACACAACUUCAGCUAUGAAAGAUAUGAUUCAUAACUUAGAAGCUUCUAAAGGAAUUGGAACUCAUGAGGAGGCAGCUGCUACAACUUUGACUUCUACCUCUCACAAACUUGAUGCUCAAGCUGCAAAUAUUCAGUGCCAAGCCAACAAGAACAGGCGCUUGAUCCACAAGGGCCUCAACAUAAUGUACAUAGUGACUAUGGUUACAAUUUCCUUGAACCUGGGAGCUGUAAUUGGUUUGUCUGUAUUUGGGAUCCUCAGAUUACAUAGACUAUUUCACAGCUUCAUUCUACUGUGCUGGUUUCUAACAGUCGUGUGUUGGAUGUUCUUUGGCUUGUAUCUUUUCUUGAACAAUUUCUCAAUAGACAGUUGCAGAGCUCUUGAAAUGUUUCAAGAAAAUCCCAACAACAACAGCCUCAGUUCGAUUCUCCCAUGUGAGCAACUGCUGACAGCCAAAUCAGCUCUAACUGAUGUAAGCUCAGAGAUUUAUGAUCUUGUUAAUCAGGUCAACACACAAAUUUCAGUAUCAUAUCCAGACACUGGUUUGGUCUGCAAUCCUUUCUCAGAACCUCCAUAUUAUGAAUAUCAACCCGAAAACUGUGCAGCGAACACCAUUCGUAUCCGAGAUAUCCCCAAGGUGCUAAAGCUACUCACAUGUUCUGAUGAAAGCCAUGGAGGGUGUGAGAAUAGGCAGUUCAUGUCGAACUCAGAGUACAAAACGGUGGAGGCUUACACAAACUCAGUACAAGAUUUCUUCAAUGUGUAUCCAGGCAUGGAAAGCCUUGUGAACUGCCAAACAGUGAAGGAUGCGUUUUCAAAGAUCUUAGAACACCAUUGCAGGCCUUUGGAGAGCUAUGCCAACAUGGUUUGGGCAGGCCUUGUGUUUGUCUCAGUUGUUAUGCUGUGUUUGGUUUUGAUUUGGACAAUUUCAGCAAAUGUUGAGCAUAAACUUCACCCUUCAGCAGAUGCCUCAGUGCUGCCCAAUUCUUCAACUACUCCAAAGAUGAUGGAGACGUCUACUCUUUGAGAUCUUAGCUCGUGUUCAAAAUUAGGAUAGAAUCAAUCGGUGAUCCGAAGAAUCUCGCGUAAGCGAGUUCUCGGUAUGUCUAGGUUAGACCCGACACGUAUUUUUCUUUGCACGUAGGCUAAAUUAUACAAAAUAUUGCUUGUGUAUAUAAAUCAUUUCAGUUUUGUCUA